GGCCCGAGAGAGAAAGAGAGAGAGAAUGGGAGAUGAAGGAGUAGUGAUCAGUUGCCAUAACAUGGACGCCUGGAACGAGCAUCUUCAGAGAUGCAAUGAUUCCAAUAAACUGUUUGUGAUUGAUUUCACGGCUUCAUGGUGUGGACCAUGUCGUUUCAUUUCACCAUUUUUGUCGGAAUUGGCUAGGAAACUACCAACUGUGACAUUCCUUAAGGUGGAUGUUGAUGAACUUGAGCAAGUUGCGAAAGAUUGGGCUGUCGAGUCAAUGCCUACGUUCAUGUUCCUCAAGGAGGGAAAGAUAGUCGAUAAGGUUGUCGGAGCUAAAAAGGAAGAGCUGCAGCAGACUAUUGCCAAGCAUGUCAAUGGUGCUGUCGUCUAG